UAUAGUAGAGUCUCACUUAUCCAAGCCUCGCUUAUCCAAGCUUCUGGGUUGUCCAAGCCAUUUUUGUAGUCAAUGUUUUCAAUAUAUCGUGAUAUUUUGGUGCUAAAUUCGUAAAUACAGUAAUUACAACAUAACAUUACUGCGUAUUGAACUACUUUUUCUGCCAAGUUUGUUGUAUAACAUGAUGUUUUGGUGCUUAAUUUGUAAAAUCAUAACCUAAUUCGAUGUUUAAUAGGCUUUUCCUUAAUCCCUCCUUGUUAUCCAAGAUAUUCGCUUAUCCAAGCUUCUGCCGGCCCGUUUACGUUGGAUAAGCGAGACUCUACUGUAUAUAUGCAUGAAUAUAUGUGUAUUUUUGGAAGGCCCUUUCCAGAUGCAGCUGGACUACAAAGACCAUCAUCCCAAAAUACUGAGCUAGCCGGAUCAUUGGAGCAGCAGUAUAACCAUUAUCGGAUAAGGGCUUAGUUUUGGAGAGAGAGCGUGUGAAGCUUUGGGCACUACAACUCCCAGAAUCACCUAGCCACAAGGUGGAUUAUGGGUUUUGUUGCUCCUUGACCACAAAAUAUCUCUACUUAUCUAUCUUAGGCAUGGGCCUACCAGCUGUUAGGAAUUGUGGGAGUUGAAGUCCAAAACACCUGGAGGGAGGGCCGAAGUUGGCCCAUACCUGAUCUAUCUUUAAGUUUUGCAAAGUUUUCUACAGUGGUCUAAGAAAUAAAAAUAGUAUCACAAUAAACCCAAUGGCAGCCUUUCUCUCCUUUGCUGCCAGGGAUGGAAGGCACAGAGUCACCCCCUUUUUCAGAGGCUGACCCUUGGUCCCCGAAACCCGCUCCGGCCAAGCCACUCACGGACCUGGAUUUCCGUUCCGGGGCCCGGAUUGAGGAGCUCAACCAACUCAUCCAGGAGUACGAGGCCAGGAACGUGGGCGCCAUCAGGGACGCCCCCGAAUUGCACCAGGCCAAGGACCGGGUCUUCUCCUUGCUGGCUCUGGCCCAGAGAUCCGACCCGAGGCUCCCUGUGGUCAACCGCUACCUGCUUCUGUCCGGCGGGGUCCAGCAAUGCAGCGUCCACCUCAACGUGGGCCGAGUCCCCGUGCUUUCUCCGGGCACCGAUUAUGACGCCGCCUUCACCCUCUUGGUGCCCGUCCUGAAUGCAGCCGGAGUCCCUGUCACGCUGGACAUGACUCAGAGCCCCGUCGGCCACACGCGGCUCAGCCUCCAGCCGUUUGACCCUGCUGUAGUCAAUCUCUGGUCGGAGUUAGGGGAUGAAGAGGCCUAUUUGGCUGCCGACCGGGUGUCCGAAUGGUUCUUCCGGACUUUAUCCACCUGCGCCGAAGAUACACGAGUGGAGCGCCGCAGCGGUGUUGUCACGUCGGUCAUCGUUUGUGCCGGACCCUUGCGCGUCCUGUACGAUGUCAUCCCCGUGGUGGCCUUCAGAGGGUGGCCGGAGGUGGCCCAACCGUGGCUCACGCAAACACACUUUUGGGACGGCAAACUCCAGGACGAGGAAGUGGCCGGCGGCUUCUAUCUUUUGCCAUCCUCCGGAAACAAUUGGCGGCUGGCCUUUUCGGCGAGCGAGUUGAACCUGCGGAGGAUGCUCCCCUUGCCGUUGGCUUGGGCCUUCCGGGCCGCUGCUGCAGCCAUCUCGGGCGGUGGUCUUCUUGGGGGCGGCGUGGGGCCCUACCACCUCUUCACCUUGGCCUUGUGGUCCUGCGAGAGGCUUCCAAACAGCUUCCUCGCCCAGGAGGAGAAUGCCGCCCAUGCCAUGCUGGGCCUUCUGGAUGACCUCUUGGCCAGCCUGGUGGGCCGGCAGCUGCCCAGCUACUUUCUCCCCGAGUGGAACCUUCUGGAAUGUCUUUCUUGGACGGCCCUGGAGAGGCUGGCUCAUGAGGUGGCCCGGGUCCGAGCCAAGCCCGCCGAGCACCUGCGCCAAGCCGUGGAACGGGCCAAGGAGGCCAAGCGGGUGGCCAGGGCCCUCCGGGAGCAGAAGGCGGACCCCAAGGUUGACUGACGGAUGUGCCAAGGGGCCAUGGUGUUGGGGCUCAGCAGCAAGUUGCUGGGGAUUUCUGAGAAUGAGGGGGAUGAUGGGUUUCCUAAUGAGGAGUCAUUGAUCAGAGUGAAUUGCAGGCCUUAGAUCAGAGAGAAGGGCCAGCAGUUGCACUUGACACAGAAGAUGUUUGGGAUUUCAAUGUUAGCAACUGGGAAAAAGUCCGUUUCUCUUGGGAAUCGACCUUCAGCAGAAGAUGGGGAGGUUCCCCCCCAUUAGGCUUCUGCAGGAAGGGAGUCAAGGAUAGAUCAAUUAGGCGUUCAGAAAGACUCAUGAGAAGUCCUUGAGACCCAGGUGUCCAAGGCAUGACCUCAUGGCUUCUUGGUCGGGCCUGAGUUUAAAUUAGUAAGUAAGUAAGUAACUUUAUUUUUCCACCCGCCACCAUCUCCCGGCAGGGACUCGGGAUGGCUACACAGGUCAGAAGCCCGAAAUACAAAACAAUAAAUCAGUUAAAACACAUUGCAAUAAGGUAAAGUUUUCCCCUGACGUUAAGUCCAGUCAUGUCUGACUCUGGUGUGGUGCUCAUCACCAUUUCUAAGCCGAAGAGACGGCGUUGUCCGUAGACACCUCCAAGGUCAUGUGGCUGGCAUGACUGCAUGGAGUGCCGUUACCUUCCCGCCGGAGCGGUACCUAUUGAUCUACUCACAUUGGCAUGUUUUCCAACUGCUAGGUUGGCAGGAGCUGGGGCUAACAGCGGCCGCUCACGCCGCUCCCGGGGUUUGAACCUGCGAUCUUUUGGUCUCCAGCUCAGUGCUUUAACACACUUCGCCACCAAGGCUCCUUUUUUGCAAUACAAACACAGUAAAAUCAGCAGUUAUACAAAAAACAGUUACCUUAACCAAAACAAUACAGUAAAUCAUAAAAACUCAGUUAAGAUAUAAAUCAGUUAAAAAUAAAAUCAGUUAGAAUAAAAUAAAAUAAAAUGGGACAUCAGGUUGGUGGAGGGGAUGGCAUGGCGUGGCCACCUAAACUAAGGUGCAAUGAUAUACAGUAGAGUCUCACUUAUCCAACAUAAAUGGGCCGGCAGAACAUUGGAUAAGCGAAUAUGUUGGAUAAUAAGGAGGGAUUAAGGAAAAGCCUAUUAAACAUCAAAAUAGGUUAUGAUUUUACAAAUAAAGCACAAAAACAUCAUGUUAUACAACAAAUUUGACAGAAAAGGUAGUUCUUUGUCAGCCGACCGGAGGUGUCAAAGAUUGGAGAUCAUGACAAUUGGGUUUUUACUUUCUUUACUGCUUUUUAUUAAGUUUUGCUUUCAAUAAACUGAAAAACCCAA